UGAAGCCCACUAUAUGGUGACGAGCCCGGAGCUCCGACAGCGAAGACAGUUUGCCCCAGACCGCCAUCGAAUCCGUUUGCCAAGCCGGAAUCAGCUAGAAUCAGCGCCAUGGAUAGCCUCGAGUAUGCGGUCGAGUUUGCCCACGAUGAGAAUCUGCUGGGGGGUCGGGCGAGUGUGUCCCACCUGUCGGAUUUUCUGGCCACGCUCACCCUGAAGUCGUCCGAGGAACUCAAUGAAGACGUCCACACCUUUCACGAGAAACUUCUGCAGCUCAAACGGGAAGCUGACUCACUAGACACAAAUUGUGGCUCACCCGAUUAUAACACCAAAAAGGAGGAAUUAAUCUUCAGGGUCGUGUGCGCAAUCAAGGGUAUUGACCAUGACGAGUGGCUUAGGGACGCCGCAGCCUCUCUUGAAGCUUUUCUAGAGGACGAAUUUGUCUCCGAUGACGUUUGACAAAUGGGUCCUUGGCCUUAGGACCACAGAUUUGUUUAAUUUUAAUAAAUACCUAUAUUUAGUUAUCGA